CGGGCUUCGGGUUUCUGGAGCACUGUCCUGGGCAGCCAUGGGCUCGGAGAUGGAGCCGCUCCUCAAAGCCUGGAGCUAUUUUAGACGCAGGAAGUUCCAGCUCUGCGCCGAUCUAUGUACGCAGAUGCUGGAGAAGUCCCCUUAUGACCAGGCAGCUUGGAUUUUGAAAGCACGAGCACUGACUGAAAUGGUGUACAUAGAUGAAAUUGAUGUGGUUCAGGAGGGGAUUGCGGAAAUGAUCCUGGAUGAAAAUGCUAUUGCCCAAGUUCCACGCCCUGGCACGUCUUUGAAGCUCCCUGGAACUAACCAGGCAGGAGGACAGAGUCAAGCUGUCAGGCCAAUCACUCAAGCGGGAAGACCCAUUACGGGUUUCCUGAGGCCCAGCACACAGAGUGGGAGGCCAGGGACAAUGGAGCAGGCCAUCAGAACACCCAGAACUGCCUACACAGCACGACCUAUCACCAGCUCAUCUGGAAGAUUUGUCAGACUAGGGACGGCUUCCAUGCUUACAAGUCCUGAUGGACCAUUUAUAAAUUUAUCUAGACUGAAUUUAAGAAAAUAUUCCCAGAAACCUAAGUUGGCAAAGGCUUUAUUUGAAUAUAUUUUUCACCAUGAAAAUGAUGUUAAGAUGGCUUUGGAUUUGGCGUCCCUUUCCACGGAGCAUGCUCAGUACAAGGACUGGUGGUGGAAAGUACAGAUUGGAAAAUGUUACUACAGGUUAGGGCUGUACCGUGAAGCAGAGAAGCAGUUUAAAUCAGCCCUGAAGCAGCAGGAAAUGGUUGAUACAUUUCUCUAUCUGGCAAAAGUUUAUAUCAUAUUGGAUCAGCCUGUGACUGCUUUAAAUCUAUUCAAACAAGGCUUGGAUAAGUUUCCAGGAGAGGUGACCCUGCUGUGUGGGAUUGCCAGGAUCUAUGAGGAAAUGAACAAUAGUUCAUCUGCAGCAGAGUACUACAAGGAAGUUCUGAAACAGGACAAUACUCACGUGGAAGCCAUCGCCUGCAUCGGAAGCAACCACUUUUAUUCUGACCAGCCAGAGAUUGCACUCCGCUUUUACAGGCGCCUCUUGCAGAUGGGAGUUUAUAACUGCCAGCUCUUCAAUAACCUGGGGCUGUGUUGCUUCUACGCCCAGCAGUAUGACAUGACUCUGACCUCAUUUGAGCGCGCCCUUUUCCUGGCGGAAAAUGAAGAAGAGGCAGCUGAUGUCUGGUACAACCUGGGGCACAUCGCUGUGGGAAUAGGAGAUACAAGCCUGGCCCAUCAGUGUUUCAGGCUGGCCCUGGUCCACAACAACCACCAUGCUGAGGCCUACAACAACCUCGCUGUGCUGGAGAUGAGGAAGGGUCACAUUGAACAGGCACGAGCACUCCUACAAACUGCAUCGUCUUUAGCCCCCCAUAUGUAUGAGCCACAUUUCAAUUUUGCAACAGUCUCUGAUAAGAUUGGAGAUCUUCAGAGAAGCUAUGUUGCUGCUCAGAAGUCUGAAGCGGCGUUUCCCGAGCACGUGGACACACAGCAUCUAAUUAAGCAGUUGAAGCUACACUUUGCUAUGCUCUGAUCAGUCCUUAGACCAAAUGUGUCUGCACGAAGGGUCAGUGCACAGGAGAGAAAAUGUACCAUGCACAUUUGUAUCCGUAGUGUGAUACAGACCUCUUAAGGUAUCAUACAAGACUAUAAACUAGAACCUAUUAUAGCUUUGUUGUUUUAUACGGUAAUAUUGUAAAAACAGGAUUUAAGCAAUUCCUAGUUUUGCUUUAUCAAUUAAAAAAAAUUAUUGUUAGGUACAGACAUUUUCAAACAAGUGUCUUGGGUGCACUUCCACCAUACUCUC